GGUGGGAGCUAAAGAAAAAUCAAAAAUUUAGAAAAAAGAAGCAAGUAAGAAUCAGUAAGCAUGUAAUAGCCUACUUGGAAAAAUAUUUUUUAGUUGGUAAAACUAAUAAAAGCAAUAGAUAUAGUGUAGAAGGAGUUAAUGAAAUUGGUAAAA